AUGUCCAGGUCAGACUACCCACCAGGGUACGACGACUCCCGGGGCCCGCUAUAUCCACCUCAGGGAGGGAAUUACCCACCACCCCCUGCGUAUGGCUUCCCUGCCUUUGGUGGUCCCCAGCCCUCUGCUCCCUACCCCACUGGUUCGAAUGCCCCUCUGUACCCAGGCCAGCCGGGGGGCUAUCCUCCUGGCCCGUACCCAGGACAGCCUCACCCCGCUGGGCCUCCAGGAGCUGGCUACCCCAAUCCUCCUCCCAUGCCCCCUAUCAUGCCACCUACCAUUCCAUCAGAUAUCCUGAGCUCUGGUGACGAGUUUGCGGCGAGCGGCAGCGGUUGGGACAGCAUGAGUAUUCGUCAUGCCUUCAUCAGAAAGGUCUAUCUGAUUUUGGCGUCUCAGCUCCUUGUCACCACAGCCAUUGUGGCCGUAUUCACAUUUGUCCAACCAGUCAGAACCUUUGUACAGAGAAACCAAGCUAUCUACUGGGCAUCAUAUGCUGUGUAUUUCAUCACCCACAUUGUGCUGGUCUGCUGUAAGGGCCCCCGGAGGAAGUUCCCGUGGAACAUCAUCCUGCUGUCCAUCUUUACCCUGGCUUUGUCCUACAUGACUGGAUCUAUUUCCAGUUACUAUGACACAAAGGCAGUGUUUCUGGCGCUGGGUAUCACUGCCGUCGUCUGCAUCGCCGUCACAGUCUUCUGCUUCCAGACAAAGGUGGACUUCACCAAGUGCCAGGGCCUUUUCUGUGUCCUUGGGAUUGUAGUAUUUGUGACUGGCAUCAUAACAACCAUAGUGCUGUCCUUCAAAUAUAUUCUGUGGCUUCACAUGCUGUAUGCAGCUUUGGGAGCCAUAGCUUUCACUAUGUUCCUAGCGUACCACACGCAGCUACUGAUAGGAAACAGGAAGCAUUCAAUCAGCCCAGAGGAGUACGUGUUUGCUGCACUCUCCAUCUACGUCGACAUCAUCCAGAUCUUCCUUUUCCUGCUGCAAAUUAUCGGUGCUUCAACUAAAUAAAUGCACCAAAGGGUACACGACCAACUUGGGUCAACAGGGUGCAAAACCGUACUGUGCUUUUUAAAACCUUUUGCUUUGUUUUCAGUCAGAAUCAGAAUACAUUUUAUGAAAUCAUGAUGCACUCAAGGGAAGGGCUGAAUUUGAGAUUUUGUCAUAUUAUAGGUUAAUCCUAUGUACAAAAAACACUUUCUGAUAUCAAUAUUUGAUAAAUUGCUUAAAGCAGAUAUAGUGUUUAAAGGAGAAUAUUAAUACUUGUAAUAUUAAAUACAAUAUAAAUAGCGCAAAUAUCUAUAGACACUGGACUGCCAGCUGCAACAUUUAUUCACUUCUGCUGGACUUUAAGGCAGACAGUGUCUGAACAUAUUUCUCUGCAUGUUGAUGUAUUGCUAUACAUAAACUGGGUCACAUCUGUAUAAACGUGGAGGAAAUAGGCAAACGUGGAGGAAAUAGGCAAACGUGUUUGUUCAAACUCUAAUUUGGCAAAACAGAGACCCGCCUCUCUGGUUGGCUUUGAAGUACAGUAGGGGUGGGCAGUGCAUGUUAUGAUUUAUGAAUAAUUGAUACAUUACUUCUAAAUACAUUUAAAUUACCACUCCGUUUUUCAAAUAUUAGGUAUUUCUUAUAUUUGCUGUUAAGUACUUAAAGGAAUGGUUCCAGAUUUUUGUAAAGAAACACUUAUUUGCCUUCUUGUUGAGAGUUAGAUGAAAGGAUUGAUACCACUCUCGUGUCUGUCCGAUAAAUAUAAUACAACCAGCAGCCGGUUAGCUUAGCUUAGCAUAAAGACUAGAAACAAGGAAACAGCUAGCCUACCUCUGUCUGAAGAUAAAAAAUCUGCCUAUCAGUACCUCUAAAAAUGACUAUUUAACAUGGUAUAUGUCAUUGUUCAAUCCAUUAAAAAGUGUACAAACAUCAGGUUGUGCUUUUAUGGAUGCUAUGUGUCUGACCUCCUGGCCUCGAGCAGAGAUUUCCUGAAGUCUCCACUGGAGGGUUUAUACUUUUAUACUUAGGUGUUAAUUAGAGCUUUACAGGUGCUGGUAGGCUUCCUGUUCCCUCCUGUUCCCAGCCUUUAUGCUAAGCUAAGCUGCCAGUUGGCUGUAACUUCAUAUUCACCGUACAGGCACGGUUUUAAAUAUAUUUAUAACAUACAUAAAAAAGCAAAAAGGUUUAAUGGUAAAUAACAAAUAUUUAUUGUGUAAACUCGGAACCAAUGACUCUGCACUAUGAAGAGUGUUUGUGUCUAAAAAGUGAUGUUACACAAUGUAACAUUUGGUACUGAAGUACAAAAUCACACCUAAUGUCGGCAUUAUUGAUACUUUGGUGAUUGAUCUGCCCACCCCUGACACCCAGCUCAGUACACCUAAUGACAGCCUCAGACCUGCAGUCAUGGGGUUCUUUUAUCAAGCCUUUGCUGGUGGUCUUUAAUACACGUGUUGCUUUAUUCUAACUUUAUACAUUCCACAUCACUAUAGUGCCUUCACAAUGACGUUUCUGAGAUUAGAUUUUUUUACUUUAAGUAUGUGUACAGUACUCGAUAAGCUUUUAUAGUAUUGUUACAUACAGUAUGUGCCUGUUUAUAUACUCUUGUGUUAGUCUGAGUUGGGUCAGAAACUGAGUGCCAGCAGGGUGGGUUUGUCCAUACAGGGUAACAAUGUCAUUCCUGAAAGUCAGUGAGCUACAGUUAAUGUGGAACUGUCCAAAAACAUGAUCAACCCCAUCCAGCUGGUCCUCCACACAUGUUCAUAUUUAUCACAAAUAUAGACCCAAGCCACAUAUAAUCUUUGACUCUAAACAACUAAAGCAAAACUGUUCAAUGUGUGGAACAGAUAGUCAGCGUGGGCUUUGUAAAUAUACAUAUCAAUGAUGAGGGAAGUCUGUUUGCCUUUUCAUAUCAAAUAAAGAUUUGUAUUUGUGA